AUGCCAGCAAGCCUCUCCCCCCCCCCUAUUUGGGAUAUGGACUGGCUCCAAUUCUAUCAUCUCGCUCUCAUCACCGCCAGCUACUUCCGCAACAAGAAAUUCAUCCUCUCCCUUUCCAACCAAACAGCUCCCAACCAAUCCCAUUGUCCAACACUCAACCAAUCAAUUGGAUGA